ACAGCUCCGCCUCAAUGAUCUUCCAGCGCAGCAGCUCUGACUGUUCACUGCAAGCAUGGCCGGGGACAGUGAAACACAUCUAAGGGACCGCGGCGAGAACACCGACAUUAUUCGACAACCUUUCCUCAUCGGUGUCUCCGGAGGCACCGCCAGCGGCAAGUCUUCAGUAUGUGAGAAGAUCAUGGAGCUGCUGGGCCAGAACAAGAUCGACCACCACCAGCGGCAGGUGGCGAUCCUCAGCCAGGACAGCUUCUACAAGGUGCUAACUCCAGAGCAGAAGGCCAAGGCGCUAAAGGGCCAGUUCAACUUUGAUCACCCAGAUGCCUUUGACAAUGAGCUGAUCAUGCAAACACUCAGGCAGAUCCUGCAGGGGAAGACUGUCCAGAUCCCAGUUUAUGACUUUGUCACUCAUUCCAGGAAAGAGGAGGUUAUUACGGUGUAUCCAGCUGACGUGGUCCUUUUCGAGGGCAUUCUCAUGUUCUACUCGCAGGAAAUUAGAGAUCUGUUUCAGAUGAAGCUGUUUGUCGACACAGAUCCAGACACACGGCUCUCUCGCAGAGUUCUUAGAGACAUCAGCGAGCGCGGCAGAGAGCUGGAACAGGUGCUCGCUCAGUACAUCACGUUUGUGAAACCGGCCUUUGAGGAGUUUUGUUUACCAACAAAGAAGUACGCAGACGUGAUUAUUCCACGAGGAGCUGAUAACCUUGUCGCCAUCAACUUGAUAGUACAGCACAUCCAAGACAUUCUGAACGGCGGACUAAGCAAGCGCCACAACGGCUGCACGAACGGCCACAGCACUCCUCGCCAGCGGCGGACCUCCGAGUCGAGCAGCCGGCCUCAUUGACCUCAUCACACCUCUCUUCACAGGGCGGAGAGGGGUGUGGGGGUCGCGCUGUAAAUAACUGCCUGUUGGCGUCACUGUAUUUAAGAGAGAGGAAAAAAAGAGAUGCAAAAAGAAUUGAAAUGCCUUUUAUUAUUAUUAUUAUUAUUAUUAUUACGACUACUCUUGUUAUUGGUUAUUUUCAUUGUAAUUGUUGAACUUGGGAUUUAGAAUUUUUUUUUUUUUUUUUUUGUCAGGAGGGUAAAAGAAACUGUUCUUGUGAUGAGACCAUGGGUUAAAAUAACCCCAUGCAUUUUCCUCCCAGAUUGCAUUUUGUUUUUUAUGUAUCCCCUGCUGCUUCAUGGAAAUUCAUGCCGCCAAUGAAUAAAAGAGGGGAACCCUU